CUUUUUUUGCCUGCUAAUGUUUAAUAUCCUUAAUUUCUUCGCAUUUUAUGAUGUUUAUCCUAUAUUGUUUUUAAGAAUUUUAAGCGAUUUUGAGUUUGUGUUGUAGACUUCGAAUAUUUUGUUUUCCAAAUACUCAAACUGCGUUUGCGCUAAGCUGCGAAUCUAAUUCUCUUGGGUGUACUUAAACGCUCUGUCAAUUUUUGAAUUAGAACGCCGUCGAUAAGACACGCGAUAUUGGUUUAAGUGUCUGCACGGAAGCAGAGGGUCGAAGCGUUGUCAGUUCCGCUAAGAAUGGCGUUACUACCGUUAAUGUUCGACGAUGAUCUGUUCGGUCACCCGAGAAAGUGGUCGAGUUUUUUGGAACCCGAAGAACUUUGCUGGCCAACAGCUACAUUUUCCAGGGGCGUAAACUUGCACCACCUGCGCGAUCUACGUCACCAACUGCCGCGUGUCGAUAAAAACACAUCGAUAAUUGUCGACAAGGACCACUUCCAGGCCAACAUCGACGUACAGCAAUUCGAGCCCUACGAAAUAUCCGUCAAGUUAACGGGGGAUAAUACCGUGACAGUAGAGGGUAAACACGAGGAAAAGGAAGAUGACCACGGAACGAUUUGCAGACAUUUUGUCAGGCGUUAUCAAUUGCCAGAAGACUGUGACGUCGCCAGGCUUCAAUCCAAGUUGUCGUCGGAUGGGGUGCUGACUAUAUCGGCGCCGAAGAAACGAGACGACAAGGAAGUGGAAUUGAACGAGAUUCCGAUACAUCACACGUGGAGACCCAGAUUAAAUUGGUGGCCGAGCAGAAGCCAUUCUGUGUCUGGUCAUAUUUAGAAGGCUUUUCGAUAGUCAUUGGGAAAAAAUAAAUUGGUCUUUAGAAUUUGAGUUGUAG